GUGCAUGGCAUGAUGAUUGACGCGCAUUAUUAUCAUGUGAAGUUUGAGCCUCGGCAGAUGACUGACUGUCUGUCUGUCUGCUCUCACCAAAGAGAAUAUGUCCGUCCCAUCUCUGCACCUCCCUCUGCACACACGUAGUUGAGUCAGCCAUGCCACGCUACGCCACGCCGGAAAAACCCGCCGGAGGCAUUGCGCAAGCAAACCAAAAACGCCCCUCUCCCUCUCACACUCUGUCGCCUCACCCACACGCAUUCAGUAUGCGCCACUCUCUCCGGGCAGCCAGACAAGACAGGACAGGACAGGAGAGCAACCAAACAAACAGCUAGUUCACGCUGCUUCCGCAGCAUGAAUGGCAUGAAAAUCGUGAGUGAGCUACGACCGUACGGCAACACAUUCAACACCAUGAUGAUCUGAUCUGUACAUGCCGCAUUGCCAAACAAUCCAAUCCCUCCCUCUUCAUGUCAUCCCAAAAUCGACAAACAAACGUGCCCCCGACCGACCAAUAUUGUCACUUGUCCUCGUGCAGCUCCAUAUGGUGCUCCACAGCUGACACGCGCAAACACACACAGAGGAGGGAGGGUGGCAUCGCAUCCCCGGAUGUGUGUGUUGGUUUCAUUCUAACUCCCAGGUUGCUCACCGAACAGCGCCGCGCACACAGCAGCUCCGCCUCCCUGCACCGCACCAAUCAACCACACACACGAUCUAUCCGAUACAGUCGUGCAGACGGCGAGAAGGGCCGCACAUGACGCAUCCAUCGCUCACCAUAGCAGCAACGGUGAUGGGUGCGGACAGCCUGGGCCCCUGCAGAACGGCGCGGAAUAGUGCCAGGGCGCCGCCACCCACGCCGCCCACACCACCGCCCAGACGCACACUCUCCCAGAACCGGGGAUCUUUCGCCGACAUUUCCCACCGCCUGACAUGCACACAACAUACGGACGGAAUGGGAGCAGGCCGGCUGGGUGUGUGUGUGGGGGGGUGUGCUGUCCGUCACUUACGAUGAGUCGAGCAGGAGUAUGUGGCUCUGGUCACCUGCAAGCACGACACACACACAGGAAGGGGACGGACAGCGACACACAGACGGAGCGAGCGCCGAGUGUCGGGUGUCGGGUGCAUCUCCAGGCAGCCGUGCACUCAUAUGAGUGUCCACAUGAACCGAACGGACACAGCACAGCACAGCUCCCUUUUCAUACACUCUGACUGACAGGCAGUGCCCUCCCUCUUCGCACGGCUUGUCGUGAAAUCGCCACAAAACACCAUGCAUCAUGAUGGACAGCGACCUCACACGAUCUGUGCGGCACUCUCCCUCCCUCCCUCCCUGCCUCCCCCCCUUUCCACCCAGCCCUCCCUCUCUCACACUGGCUUAGCACACUCACCGAAUGCGAAGCCUCCAUGAUGUCCGGCAUGGCAUUCUGCAGGCCGCGUGGCGCCCACCAGAGGGCACCCGGUCGAGCGGCACGCCCACCGGCGAGAGGAGGGAGGAGGGACCUCGGCAAAGCUACUGCUCAUCGCUGAUGCUUGAGAUGGGCUCGAGAGGCAACAGGCGAGAGGUUCAGCAGAUCGAGGAAAGGUUGUACAUCUCUGCUUAUUUACCC